UCAUUUCCCGAUUCCUUUCGGCCGGUGGGGCCCAAACGUUCUUCCAACGCCAAAAACUUGCUGGCUUCCAGGCUAGCAAAACCCUUGGGCAAAUCAAAUAAUCUCCAACGGCUCAUCUGCGGUGGCUCCAGCCAAACAAGAAAUAAGAAACCAGAGUUCGCUCAUUUCUUAAAACCCACAACCGCCGAACCGGUCCUUGAGCAAGAAACAAUGACUGUGGAGGCUGUUAAGGUUGAAGAGAAGCAGAUGGAUGAGGUUGCAGUUCCUCAAGAGGAGUGCGAGAAGGUUGUUGAAGCUGUUGAUGAGCAAGUUGUGGAGUUGGAUGAAUCCGAGCCCAAGACAGUGGAGAAAAGUUCUUCUUUUAAGGAAGAGAGCAACUUUCUCUCGGAUCUUAAAGAGUUUGAGAGGAAAGCUCUGAGUGAUCUUAAAUCCAAGAUCGAAGAAGCGAUUCUCGAUAACAGUUUGUUUGAGAAAGAAGAAUCCAAAAAGAAGGGGAGUGAAGUGGAAGAGAAGGAAAAAGCUGUAGCAGAGGUGAAAGGAGGAGGAGAAGAAAAAGAGGAAGCUGAAAAGCAGGAGGAAGAGGAGAAGAAGAUUCCUGAGUUGGGUAGUGAAGGAAAAGGGAAAGAGAUUGACGGGGAAAUCAAAAUCAGUCUUUGGGGAGUGCCUCUUUUGCCUAGCAAAGGAGAAGAGAGUACUGAUGUUGUACUGUUGAAGUUCUUGAGGGCAAGAGAGUUCAAGGUAAAUGAUGCAUUUGAGAUGCUGAAGAAGACCAUUCAGUGGAGGAAAGAUAUCAACAUGGAUUCUAUCUUGGAAGAGGACUUUGGUUCUGAUCUAAGCUCAGCUGCUUAUAUGAAUGGUGUUGACCGUGAAGGUCAUCCUGUGUGUUAUAACAUUCAUGGAGUUUUUGAAAAUGAGGAGCUCUACCAGAAAACUUUUGGCAGUGAGGAAAAGAGAAUCAGGUUCUUGAGAUGGAGGUUUCAGUUGAUGGAAAAAGGGAUUCAGAAGCUUGAUUUAAGACCUGGAGGUGUUACUUCUCUUCUUCAAAUCAAUGAUCUCAAGAAUUCUCCAGGCCUCUCAAAGAAAGAACUGAGGAUUGCCAUGAAACAAGCUGUUUCUACUUUGCAGGACAAUUACCCUGAAUUUGUUGCUAGAAAUAUAUUUAUAAAUGUUCCAUUCUGGUACUUUGCUCUCAAUGCUUUGUUAUCUCCUUUCUUAACACAAAGAACCAAGAGCAAGUUUGUUGUUGCUCGUCCUGCUAAAGUUACAGAAACCCUUUUCAAGUAUAUUUCAGCUGAGGAAGUCCCCAUUCAAUACGGUGGUUUCAAGAGGGAGAAUGAUUUGGAAUUCUCCACUGAAGAUUCUUCAGUCUCUGAACUUGUAAUCAAAUCUGGAUCAACAGAAACCAUAGAAAUCCCUGCCAACGAGAUUGACAGUAAACUGGUGUGGGACUUGACUGUGUUGGGUUGGGAAGUGAAUUACAAGGAAGAAUUUGUGCCAGCAGAUGAAGGGUCUUAUACCAUCAUUGUUCAAAAGGGGAAGAAGAUGAGUUCCAAUGAAGAACCAAUUAGGAACAGUUUCAGGAACAGUGAGCCAGGGAAGAUUGUUCUGACUGUACAGAAUUUAUCGAGCAAGAAGAAGAGAGUCUUGUAUAGGUACAAGAUCAACAAAGGCGGCUCCUUUUAGGAAGAAGAAAA